GCUCAUUGGAAUCAUUCCAUUACACUCGGAUCAUUACACAUCACCAUUCGAUGGCCUUAGAGUUAUGGCUUCUUUCUUUAGUUUCCGUGACCACGGUGAUUGUAAUAAUAACCUUUAUCCUUCUUAUAUUUAUCUAUUUGUUUACCGACCCGUACCCUUGUGUCCGUCGGGAGUCUUUGGAAGAGUGCUUUAUUGACCCUAUUUCCUCAGAAUAUAUCAGGUUCCCUUUAAACCUGAAAGACCGUCCUACUGUGGAACUUUCUGUGGUUAUACCUGCGUAUAACGAAGAGGAUCGUCUGCCUAAGAUGCUUCAGGAAACUUUAAGCUACCUGGACAAACGAAAAGAGUACAAUCCAAAAUAUUCCUUCGAGCUCAUUAUCGUAGAUGAUGGAAGUUCGGAUCGCACUUUUGAAAUCGCUAUGGAAUGCUCACGGGUUAAUGGAACUGAUAAAGUCAGAGUCCUGAGAUUACUCCGGAACCAAGGUAAAGGUGCCGCUGUACGCUUUGGAAUGUUGUCUGCACGCGGUCGCAUACUUCUGUUUGCGGAUGCAGAUGGAGCUACCAAGUUUUCAGAUAUAGAAAAACUAGAAGACGCUCUUUCCUCUGUCAUCGCACGUCGCUGGAAUGGUCAAAUGUCUGUCAUCUGCGGAUCCCGAGCCCACCUGGAGGCUUCAGCACUUGCAAAGCGGCACCCGUUUCGCAACUUCCUGAUGUAUGGAUUUAAAUUUUGCGUUUGGAUUUUAUGCGUUCGAGGUGUGAGCGACACCCAGUGUGGGUUUAAACUGUUCAGCCGAGCAGCCGCCAGACUUCUUUUUCAUAAUCUCCACGUCAAUCGAUGGGCAUUUGAUGUCGAUCUGCUCUACCUGGCUCGUCACUUUGAGAUGGACAUUUUGGAGGUGCCCGUACAAUGGCAUGAAGUCCCAGGGUCCAAGUUGGUGCCCUUCUUCUCAUGGCUACAGAUGGCUAAGGAUCUAUUGCUCAUUCGCCUGCGGUACUCCCUCGGAGCUUGGAAAAUCGAACGAGUGCACAUCUAGACAAUCUGGAGCGACUCCACACAUGCAGAGCGCUGUGAACUCUUUCUUUAUGUCUCAUUUUUACCAACAUAUGGUGGCAGAUUCUUUCGUCACCAAUCACUUCUUGCAUUCGACCGUGCUUUUUGACACCCAAUUUAGUAAUCAAGGGCAUUUUACUGCUAAAUAGCACCCGUAUUUCCUGAUAUCUUUUCUCCAUUCAUUGAAAUCUUGUUCUUUUUUAUACUUAUCUCCAAAGUCGUCCGUGUUUGAUUGUGCAGUGUCGGUUCUUCCAUACUUGUAAACAUUAUGCCGAGUUUAUCAGUCAUAACUCUGUUCAAUCGCAUGAUCCAGUGAGAACCUAGCGACAUUGUUUAAAAAGCUUUAGUGACUUCUGAGCCCAGUCCGUUUCGAACUCGGUAAAUGUG